AUGGUUCAACCCGAGAGGCGGUGCCCCGGUGCCCUGGCAGUUCCGAUUGGCCGGGGCGAGCCGUACCACGGCGGUGGCGGGGGAACGGGUCGUGGACCGCACCGCAGACUCGGAGGCGGCGAGCGUCCCAGCGUCAGGCCCCAGCUCUCUGCUGCGCUGCCCUGUGCCAGGCCGCCCGCCGAGAUGCAGUGGGCCGUGGGCCGGCGGUGGGCGUGGGCCGCGCUGCUGCUGGCGGCCGCGGCUGUGCUGGCCCAGGUGGUCUGGCUCUGGCUGGGCACUCAGAGCUUCGUCUUCGAGCGCGAAGAGAUCGCGCAGCUGGCUCGGCAGUACGCGGGGCUGGACCACGAGCUGGCCUUCUCUCGGCUGAUCGUGGAGCUACGGCGGCUGCACCCAGGCCACGUGCUGCCCGACGAGGAGCUGCAGUGGGUGUUCGUGAACGCGGGAGGCUGGAUGGGCGCCAUGUGCCUUCUGCACGCCUCCCUGUCCGAGUACGUGCUGCUCUUCGGCACCGCCCUGGGCUCUAGCGGCCACUCGGGGCGCUAUUGGGCUGAGAUCUCCGAUACCAUCAUCUCUGGCACCUUCCACCAGUGGAGAGAGGGCACUACCAAAAGUGAGGUCUUCUACCCAGGGGAGACAGUGGUGCAUGGGCCUGGUGAGGCAACAGCCGUGGAGUGGGGGCCAAACACAUGGAUGGUGGAGUACGGCCGGGGUGUCAUCCCAUCUACCCUGGCCUUCGCGCUGGCUGACACAAUCUUCAGCACCCAGGACUUCCUCACCCUCUUCUAUACUCUUCGAGCCUAUGCCCGGGGCCUCCGGCUUGAACUCACCACCUACCUCUUCGGCCAGGACCCCUGAUGAGCCGGGCCUGAAAGAGGACCUGUGGAUGGACAGAAGCGGGCAGGCCCGCACACAUCCACUUGCUGGAUCCCAUGUGAAAAGACACGGACAUACUCACAACAUGCAGAUACUGAGUUCCUGGUGUAUGAGCAGGGACAUACAUGCUUAUACAACCAAACAUAGAGAGUCAUGGAAACACAUGGGACACACAUUCAGAUACUGAAUCCUGUGUGUACGGCAGCAUCAUGCAUUCACACCCAUCCAGAGAGGGAGCCCCACGUAUACCAGGGGGCCAGUCAUGUUCGAAUGCACAUCCCACAAGCUUGACUCACUAACUCAGGCCUUUCUAGAGCUGCUCUGCCCCUAGUCAGAGCUCUGGAGUUAGGGGUGGGGGUGGCUAUUACAAACUGCCUGGGUCUGACCCUUCAACCCAGCAGCCACUGCGGGGGAUGAGGGGGAAGAGGAGCUGCCUUUGGAGGCUCCCUUCACCUGCAGCUGUGAUGCCCUUCCUCUUCAUCUCCUUGUCCUCACCAUAUGCCUUACCCCAUUCUCUUUCCCUGCUAUGCAAGUACCCUCAUGGCCUGUCCCCCACCCUCCGCCACCAAGUUAGCUGGAGAAGCAGAAGAAUGUGGAAAAUGCUGAGGUCAUACCUCCCUGCAGGGUAUGAUGGGGAGGCUGGCCUCAGCCAAGGGCCCACUGCUGGGGAGAGGACCUGGACAGGUGGGCCUAUGUCCAAGGGGCUGUCGCUGGCCUAGAGAAAGCCUUUUCUGCACACACACAGACACUUAGCACAGCUUCCAGACACUGCCUUUGCUGCAUUCUCUGUCCAUCUGUCUGUCUCUGUUAAUAAAGACCUGUUGAACAGUU